AAAAGUUUUCAUGUGUCUGUCUUUCCCUAGGAGUGUGAGUUCCUCUCAACAUGGAUGAUGAAGCUGAAACCUACAAGUUAUGGAGAAUUCGCAAAACCAUCAUGCAGUUGUGUCAUGAUCGUGGAUAUUUAGUGACGCAAGAUGAGUUAGAUCAAACUUUAGACCAAUUCAAAGAACAGUUUGGAGCAAAGCCAUCAGAAAGACACCCAGCUCGCUCUGAUCUCAUUGUGCUAGUUGCUCACAACGAUGAUCCCACAGAUCAGAUGUUUGUCUUCUUUCCAGAUGAGCCAAAGGUUGGUGUAAGAACUAUUAAAACGUAUUGUACCCGUAUGCAGGAAGAAAACAUUCAAAGAGCAAUUAUAGUUGUACAAGCAGGAAUGUCACCUUCAGCAAAGCAGGCUUUAGUAGACAUGGCCCCAAAAUAUAUCCUGGAACAGUUUUUGGAAUCUGAGUUACUGAUUAACAUCACCGAGCAUGAACUUGUCCCUGAACACGUGGUUAUGACAGCCGAAGAAAAAACAGAGUUACUUCAAAGAUAUAAGUUAAAGGACAACCAGCUCAUGAGAAUUCAGGCAGGUGAUCCAGUAGCACGAUAUUUUGGCUUGAAACGUGGACAGGUAGUCAAGAUCAUUCGCCCAUCAGAAACAGCAGGUCGUUAUAUUUCUUACAGAUUAGUGGUGUAGCCAGUAUUUUUUUUAACAAGUGGUGUAGCCAGUAUUUUUUUUUAACAUUGUGUAGGAUAUCCAAAUAAAGCCUUUAUAAAAACAA